AUGGCCGAGGCCAGCUUCAAGCAGAUGAUUGCUACUCUUUUGCGCCAAACGAGACCACAGUCCUUUCGCCACUCGAAGCCUCCCCGCUACCCUCAGCGUCAGUUGUCUACUACUACAAACCCCCAGCCGCAGCCGCCCGCAGCCGAAACUGCUCGAUGGCAGACACAUCCGAUUCGGACUCAGGGUUCUCAGACACCGCAGGAUGAGCGGCCGCGCCUCGAGAGCCUGCGAAAUGAGGCUGAACCCCGACCUUUCUCUUCCUUUUUGACCGACAACUACUCCCGACAGCAUAACUAUCUGCGCAUUUCAAUUACUGAACGAUGUAAUCUACGAUGCCUCUAUUGCAUGCCCGAGGAGGGUGUUCCGCUUUCUCCCUCGGCGCACCUGCUCACGACUCCCGAAAUUGUAUAUCUCUCGGAAUUGUUCGUGAGCCAGGGCGUUGACAAGAUUCGGUUAACAGGGGGGGAACCUACGGUGCGGAAAGAUAUUGUGGAUCUUAUGCAUCAAAUUGGAAAAUUAAGGAGUAAUGGUCUCAAAGAACUGUGCAUAACAACAAAUGGCAUAUCCUUACAUCGAAAACUCGACCCCAUGGUAGAGUCCGGGCUGACCGGCGUCAAUUUGAGCUUGGAUACGCUCGAUCCUUACCAAUUCACCAUCAUGACGCGGAGAAACGGGCACGACGCAGUCAUGAAGUCUAUCAACCGUAUACUCGAGAUGAACAAACUGGGCGCAGGUAUCAAACUCAAAAUAAAUUGCGUGGUAAUGCGGGGUCUUAAUGAACGAGAGAUUCUACCCUUUGUGGAGCUGGGCAGAAACCAAGACCUCGAGGUGCGAUUUAUCGAGUAUAUGCCAUUUGACGGCAACAAAUGGUCGGAGAAAAAGAUGUUGAGCUUUAGGGAAAUGCUGGCCCUCAUCCGCCAGAGGUACCCUGAUGUUCAAAAGGUACAAGACCACAAAAACGACACGAGCAAGACAUAUAAAAUCCCGGGAUUCGCUGGUCGAAUUGGGUUCAUUACCUCCAUGACCCACAACUUCUGCGGCACUUGUAACCGCCUCCGAAUCACGUCCGAUGGAAACCUCAAGGUUUGCCUGUUUGGAAAUUCCGAAGUUUCUCUUCGUGACAUUCUGCGUGAGUCAAAUGACGGCAAACCUAUCGACGCUGAAGCCAUGGAAGCUAUUCGACAACUUGAGAUGGAUCGUCGCCAGCAGCUUUCCGGGACUAAGGGACGAGGGAUAUCCGAAAAGGAAGCAAGGUUGCUCGAUGUCAUUGGGAUGGCGGUGAAACGCAAAAAGGAGAAACAUGCUGGAAUUGGUGAGCUGGAGAAUAUGAAAAACAGACCAAUGAUUCUUAUCGAUGAUGCUCUUCUUGGACAGCCUUUGCCAGCUUUGCCGCCGCGGACACCCCUUUUCAGGUAUUCUAAUGCAAUGACUGCCUUCCAACAAUCUUCGCUACCGAUGCAUGUGCUGCAGCAAUCUGCACCUUCAUCAUCGUCGUAUCAAGUUCGCUGCUUUUCCUCGCUCUUUCCGACAUCGCCUGCUGGGUUCAGGAAGUUUAGCAACUCAGCCUCGCUGGCGAGAUUGAGGCAUAAACCUUUUCGCUAUGUGCACGGCCAGUCUUCGUAUCGUCGCGUACCGACCAAGGAGCCGGAAAACAUUCCCGCAACUUCUGUACGCACCUGGGAUGAAAGCCGACAACGAACACUGCAGGUUAAGACUCGAAGAACAAGAUCUCAAGCGCAGUGGUAUGGACAAUAUCUAGUUCGAGAUAUUGUGAAGCGCAUUUACCACUACCGAAGCCGUCCCAAAGAACGCAGCAACAGUGGCACACCAGGUCGGUUGGGAGAGAGCGAAACGCUGAAACAAUCCUCUGAAAUGCAACAGGAAGGGUCCCCAACAUCAUCCACUACGGAUGCGACUCUUACCCACCUCACUUCUGACGGCGAAGCGCAUAUGGUUUCUAUCGCCAACAAGAAACCAACCUCCCGCUCCGCGACAGCAACAACUUUACUCCUUUUCUCUCACUAUGGGACAUACGGGGUUUUGUUUGCGUCGCGGCUACGAAAAGGUGACGCACUGGCUGUGGCACGGGUAGCAGGCAUUCAGGCGGCAAAGAAGACAUCUGAUCUCAUCCCUCUCGCUCAUCCAGGCCUCAACAUCACGGGCGUCACAGUCCGCUUAGAGCCAUUCAUGGGAGACAACUUGCCAUAUCCACUAUCGGAGGGCAAAGUCGAUGCAGCUACUCCCAACGAUAUCAAAAGACUUUACGGAGGUGUGUUGGUCACAGCCACAGUUGCCUGUGAAGGUAAAACCGGCGUGGAGAUGGAAGCCAUCACCGCGGCGUCUGUGGCCGGACUGACCAUGUACGACAUGCUUAAGGGCGUCGACAAGGAAAUGGUUUUGACUGGGACGCGGGUCACAGCGAAAAGUGGCGGCAAGUCUGGAGACUGGGAAUGGGACUACAAACUAGGUGAGCGCAUAUCUUUCAAUGGCUCCAACAGAGAAAACAGCAACCACGUCCAGAGCAGCGGGGCAAAGCAAUUGGAACAGGGUGUGGAGGAGCAGGAUCAACUCCUCAAACAGCAAAAGAUACGGCAGGCCGUCGACCAGAGGCGAGAGGAGAGCUCCACCAAGGGACAAAUCUCAGCUGGGGACCUGGCCGAUCUGCGAACAAGACGGCUGAGGAGACUGCAUGCUUCUCGAAAGGCCAACCACAGGACCCCUGGCCAGGGGUGA